AUGGACAAUAAAAAUAGUAGUAAUCAAGAAUGGGAGUGCUAUCAAUUAAAUAAUAAUGUAUUGGAUUUAAAAAAAACAUUAUUUUCAGGACAAUCAUUUAUAUGGAGUGAAGUAAAAGAAAAAGAUAUAAUAGAAUUUAAAAAUGAAUCAACAAGCGAAAAUUUAGUUUAUAUUGGUGUUAUAAAUAAAUAUAUAGUAUUAUUAAGAUAUAAAGAGUUUAGUAAUAAUAAUAUAAUAGAAUUUAAAUUUAAAAAUUCAAAUAAUUUAGUAAAUAAAGAAAUAGUGAAUCAGAGCGAACAAGACAGAUUAGAAAUAUUGAAAGAUUAUUUCAAUCUAAAGUAUGACAUCAAUGAACUUUUUAGUCAAUGGAGGGCCGAUUCAGUCAAGGAUUUAAAGCAACUACAUUCAUUAAAUAGUCAAUUUAGAGAAGCAAGUGAGAGUUUUAAAGGUCUGAGAUUAAUUAAACAAAAUCCAUUGGAUUGUUUAUUUAGUUUUAUUUGCUCCCAAAAUAAUAACAUUGGUCGAAUUAGUAAGAUGGUAAAAUCGUUAAUAACAACUUAUGGCACCAAAAUUUCAGAUUUCAAUGGCCAAUCUUAUUACCAGUUCCCAACAUUAGAGCAGCUAUCGGUAGCUAAAGAAAAAGACUUAAAUGACAUGGGUUUUGGCUAUCGUUCAAGAUAUAUCGUCGAGUCAUGCAAACAAGUAAUUGCAAAUGGUGGUGAGGAAUGGCUCAAUGGCUUAGUAUCCAAACCACAUACAGAGUCACAUAAAGAAUUAAUAUCUUUAAUGGGGAAACAUUUACCAAAUUUAAAAGGAACUCUUAGUCCAAAGAUGUACAAGCAUUUAAAUGAAUUUUGGGAAAAGAUAUUUGGUCCUCAAGCUGGAUGGGCCCAUACAAUUUUAUUUGCAAAUGAAAUUUCAGCAUUUAAAAAUGAAAAUAAAGAAUCAAAUAAAAAGAAAACGAAAAAAGAAAAAGAAGAAAUAAAGGAAGAAGAAGAGGAGGAAGUUAAAGCCGAAAAUAAAAAAGUUGUAAAUAAAAGACAAAAAAUAACAAAAUAG